CUCCGGCUUCUCGCCCCGAGCUUCGUUGUCCCCUCGCUCCCCUUUCGCACCCUCCGGAGCUCCUCUGCCGCCGCCCGCUGCUCGCUCCUCGGUGGGGCGUCGUAGGGCGUGGAGCCCGUGACGGGCCGCGAGCUGAGGACAGAGAGGCUCAGAGGCUUGCCUAAGGUCACAUCGCUUCUGAAGUAUCAAAGACACCCUACCCAGGUCUUCUGACUUCAAGCUCAGCAAGAAGCAUUUUGGAAGUGCCUCCUGUGUCCAAAUUCUGUCUUGUUUAGUGUUCAGGGUUGAAUUCUUAUGGCCUGCUUCCUCUUGGGUGAGUGAAGAUCAUAUUUCUAGAAAGUUGACAAACAGAAGCCACCAUGUUUUUCCGGUUGCUAUGUGAUACGCGAUGGCGGAGAGCCAGUCCGAGAUGGCAGAACAGAUCCCAGUCAAAUCGAAACAUUUCUGCAGAUACAGAAUCUAGUCCUCCUGUCUCAGUCCCCAGCCAUGCCCAGGUAGUCAUCUGUGGUGGUGGAAUUAUGGGCACAUCUGUAGCCUAUCACCUUUCCAAGCUGGGAUGGAAGGAUGUGCUGCUAUUGGAACAGGGCAGGUUGGCUGCUGGCUCCACCAGAUUUUGUGCUGGUGUUGUUAGUUCCGCUAGGCACUUUACCUUAGAACAAAAGAUGGCCAAUUAUUCGAACAAACUCUAUCAGCAGUUAGAGCAAGAGACAGGGAUUCAGACAGGUUACAUAAGGACAGGCUCAAUCUUUCUGGCUCAGACUCAGGACCGACUGAUCUCCUUGAAGCGUAUCAACUCGAGACUGAGUGUACUCGGCAUCCCUUCUGAGAUCAUCUCCCCCAAGAAAGUGGCUGAUCUCUACCCACUCAUUAGCAUCCACGACCUGGUGGGGGCCAUGCAUGUGCCUGAGGAUGCAGUGGUGUCCUCAGCUGAUGUGGCUCUUGCAUUGGCAAGUGCUGCUUCUCAAAAUGGUGUUCAGAUCCGUGACCGGACAAGUGUUAUGCAUGUGAGAGUCAAAAAGGGUCGUGUGAUGGGAGUAGAAACGGAUAGAGGAGACAUUGAAUGCCAAUAUUUUGUCAGCUGUGCUGGUCAGUGGGCUUACGAGCUGGGUCUGUCCAGCGAAGAACCGGUUAGUAUCCCGUUACAUGCCUGUGAACACUUCUACCUUCUGACUCGUCCCCUGGAGACCCCACUGCAGAGCAGCACACCAACUGUUGUGGAUUUAGAUGGAAGAAUUUAUACUCGGAACUGGCAAGGUGGUAUCCUGUCUGGUGGCUUUGAGAAGAACCCUAAACCCAUCUUUACCGAAGGCAAGAACCAGCUAGACAUUCAGAAUCUACAUGAAGACUGGGAUCAUUUUGAGCCUCUGCUGAGCUCCCUGCUGCGAAGGAUGCCAGCCUUGGAAGCUCUAGAAAUUAUGAAGUUGGUGAACUGCCCUGAGUCCUUUACGCCAGACAUGAGGUGCAUCAUGGGGGAAUCUCCAACUGUGCAGGGUUACUUUGUACUAGCUGGAAUGAACUCUGCUGGAACUUCAUUUGCCGGAGGAGCAGGGAAGUACCUUGCGGAAUGGAUAGUUCACGGUUAUCCUUCAGAAAAUGUCUGGGAUUUGGACUUGAAGCGGUUUGGAGCUCUGCAGAGCAGCCGCACCUUCCUCCGCCACCGUGUCAUGGAAGUGAUGCCCCUGCUGUAUGAUCUUAAGGUCCCAAGAUGGGACUUCCUGACUGGUCGGCAGCUGCGCACAUCCCCCCUUUACGACCGCUUGGACGCACAGGGAGCCAGAUGGAUGGAGAAACAUGGCUUUGAGAGGCCCAAGUAUUUUGUCCCACCGGACAAAGAUUUACUGGCAUUGGAACAGAGCAAGACAUUCUAUAAGCCAGACUGGUUUGACAUUGUGGAGUCCGAAGUCAAAUGCUGUAAAGAGGCUGUAUGUGUCAUUGACAUGUCCUCUUUUACUAAAUUUGAAAUAAUUUCCCCUGGGGCAGAAGACUUUGAGCUGCUUCAGUACCUCUUCUCCAAUGACCUGGAUGUGCCCGUGGGCCACAUUGUGCAUACAGGCAUGCUCAACAGCGGUGGAGGCUAUGAGAAUGACUGCAGCAUAGCUCGGCUUAGCAAGAGCAGUUUCUUCAUGAUUUCUCCUACUGACCAGCAGGUCCACUGCUGGGCCUGGCUCAAGAGACAUAUGCCUGAGAACAGCAGCCUGCUUUUAGAGGAUGUGACCUGGAAGUACACUGCUCUCAAUCUGAUUGGCCCCCGUGCUAUGGAUGUUCUCUCUGAAUUAUCUUAUGCCCCCAUGACUCCAGACCAUUUUCCGUCCCUCUUUUGCAAGGAAAUGAGUGUGGGCUAUGCAAAUGGAAUCCGAGUGAUGAGCAUGACCCACACAGGAGAGCCUGGAUUCAUGCUCUACAUCCCUAUAGAGUAUGCCCUGCAUGUGUACAAUGAGCUGAUGAGUGUUGGGCAGAAAUAUGGAAUCCGAAAUGCUGGCUAUUAUGCUCUCCGAAGUCUUCGAAUUGAGAAAUUUUUUGCAUUUUGGGGUCAGGAUUUGAACACUUUCACAACACCCCUGGAGUGUGGACGAGAAUUUCGAGUGAAACUGGAUAAGGGAAUGGAUUUUAUUGGUCGGGAUGCCCUGUUGCAGCAAAGGCAGAAUGGAGUCUACAAACGCUUUACUAUGUUCAUCCUUGAAGACCAUGACACAGACCUGGACCUCUGGCCCUGGUGGGGAGAGCCCAUUUAUCGGAAUGGGCAAUAUGUUGGCAUGACCACCAGCAGUGCCUACAGCUUUACUCUGGAGCGCCAUGUCUGCCUUGGCUUUGUGCACAAUUUUAAUCAGGAGACUGGGGAGAAGCUAGUGGUGACCCCUGAUUUCAUUAAUCGUGGGGAAUAUGAAAUUGACAUUGCAGGGCAACGCUUCCAGGCCAAGGCCAAACUUUACCCAUUCAGCUCCCUCUUUACUUACAAACGACGAAAGGACGAGAUAGAAAUGAGUGACUUCCAGGGAAAGUAACACUGGUAGGGAAGCCUGUUGCCUCCUUCCUCACACUAGGACUUCUUGCCAGGAUCAUCUUGCCAGCUGUUUCCUCCUUCCUACAUUGUUUCCUAUUCUUUCUCCAUUUCUAACUAUGAAGGUUAUUUUCAAAACCUUGGGACUGUUUGAAACUUAGCCGACAUUAACAUUUUUUUGCUUUGAAAAUUUUUUCAUCUUUCCUUCUUUAAGUACUCUAUCUAAUUCCUCCUCCUCUUCCUUUCAUUUCCCACCCCCUCUCCCCCCCCAAAAUAUCUUAUGUUGGCAGAUGGCACGUGGUACACCUGACAGGCCGAACAGGAGUAAAUAUCCACUCGGCAAAAAUAGUUUCACCAUUGUAGCUGCCCUUUGAAGGGCAGCAGUCUGAUUCCAAGUACUUUGCUUUAUCCAUGCUACCCACAAGCAAGAACAGCUGGCAUUUGCUGGCCUCUACUUUAGAGUUAACUCUUCUCUCUCUGCUUGGGCAUUCUACGUACCACUUUCAGCGGAGUGGCCAGAUAUCAUACCCAUUGGGCUACAUCCAGACAGUGGCUUGAGGAGAUGCUCCUCUUAGGCAGUUCAUUGGGGAUACUCUGAUUUACAUUUCCUCAUGUACAUUGUGCAGAGGGUUUUGGUGCAAUGACACACUGAGCAAUAGAACGAUUAGCUACCUCAUUGGCGUGACACUUGGCAAGGGUUUUAUCGGAGUGGUGUAAGAGAGAGGCAGUCUCCAACUUGGUCUUCAGGCUCUCUUAAAGAGCACUUGCUCUUAUGGAGCAAUAACGUAUUUGAUUAUUGGAUCCUCCAGCUGGGAAAGCCCUGCCUGUGACUUUUUGCUCCCUCGUCAGGCUCCUCUUUAGGGGAACAUCAGAAUGAUGCAUUGCUCAGAGGGAUCCCCAUCAAUGAUAAAUGUAAAUCAUGCUGUUUUUCUUUCUCUCAAAAGUCUAGUCCCCUUCUUAGUUUUCUUUUCUCCAGGUGUCCUGCACUUUUCUUUUUCACUAGCUCAGCCUUACUUGGCCUAUCUGUAAAAGGCUUCUAGGCUUCUGAUCCUUUGAGGGAAAAUCAGCUGGAAGGCUCUGUGUAAGAGUCCAAUAGGUAUACCUUGCCAGCCAUGCUGACUUAUAGCCAUAUGUUUGAUCCACUUAGCUCCAUUGAAGAGGGAAGCAUUCUCUCCAGUAACUCAGUUAAUGUGGGCCUUGAGCCUGGCUUCCCAGGCUCUUCUCCCUCUAGGAAAUUUCUCCAUUACUCAUGCAGUUUUCUUACUUCUACUUAUCCUUACCCACUGAGAUGGAAAAUUAGUUUUGUUUUUUUGGUUUGCUUUGUUUUCUCUAGAGACAGACGUUCUAAGGGAAAAAAGUGACUUUGCCCUUUGUUUUGAGUGGAGUAUUUCUUUGUUCUUUGAUCUGGCAGUGAAGCUCCCAGAUACUACAAAUUGCUAUAAGAUCCAGCCCCUUGACUUUAUUUUUUUUUCCUAGUUAAAGCUGCUAAAGCCAAGGAACAAAGAGCUGAUUACAGAUUAUUCAUUUUUUAAAAGCUGUGCUGCCCACACAAGCAAGGUCUCACUGUUGUGCGCUGUGCCCCACCUCCCCCCCAAAGCAAUAGAUACAAGGUCUUUCAGAACUUUAAGGAAUUAGGGUUGGCUUGCCUUUGGAAUCUCCCCUUUUCCUUACUUUCCUUAACUUCUGGGUUGUUGCACUGUUAUUUGCCCACUAAUCUGUCUAGGUUACCCCUUCUUUAAUAACACACUUUUUGACCUAGGCUGGCUUUUUUUUUUCUUGGGCACUUGCUCAUUUGUUAAAGAGGGAGAGUAUGGCUAAUACUAGGCCUGGAGGAGAAACUAAUCUGUGAUGUAGACCACUUGCUCACAGCUUCCUGAGGACAUCCGCUUUUCUUGUCAGCUUUGGUGAGUGGGGUCUGUGCUCUUCUUGACAGCUCUUUUAUUUAGACUCUGUUUACCUUUUUUGAGUCCAAGCCUUGAGAUUUCUGCUAUGUGUAGCAUUCUGUGUAGUGCCCUUGGCUGAAUUAAGGCUGGAAAAAGAAGGAGAAGAGAAGUGUCUCCCAACCAAAGAACAAAGCAACAGAACUGUUAGAAAAGACUUUCAACGCCAGAGUUUGGGAGUUGGGAGGAAGGCCUAGAGGAGCACAUGUGGGCAGAGCAGGUUUUCUAGAGUGAUGUUUCAAAGGCCAGGCAGAGGUACCGCAGGAUGUGGAUAGGGUCCUUCUACCCUAUGGGGAUUUUGCACUAAUCUAAGUUCUUCUUUGUAAAUAGAAAUUUGGACUUUUCUGGGCUUGUAUGCACAGGUGUCUCCCCUAAGAGAGGCUCCUUUCCCUCCCCUCACCCCUCAGCCUCCCACACCUUCCUAGCAGGGGCAGAUAAAGCUUAGCAGUUCUCUUACAACAUUGCAUCGAUGCUUAGAAAGAGAAAUAGAAAUGAGGCAGCUGUGUAGUCCCAAAAACAUUCAGCUAGAAACUUACCUGGCAAAGAGGAUACUUGGCUUUAUUGUUUUUUUAGUUACUGUUCCUCCUCAGAUCCCUGGGCAGGAAGAAGUAUCCCCUUCUCACAGAUGAGAAAAAACCCAAGGAGAAACCAGUAUGGGCCAGCCAGGACCCUGCCCCCCCAGCCGCCCCAUACUUUGCCUCACAGUUUGGUGUGUUUGAUUCUAAUAUCAAACCACUUCUUUUCAUUUGGAGGGGAGGUUCAGACUGCAGUUAGUUGGCAUCUCAUCUGAAAAGAGGCCUGGAGCUUCUGAGGACCAAAACAUCAUUCUUCAGUAAUUUGGGGUUUUCCUUUGUCCAGGUAUAGAAAAGCCUUCUUAGGAAGUGAGAUCUGAAAUGUUUGUUCACUUAGGGUUCAGGUUUCCCUUGGAGCAGAUUCAGGGUGAGGCGUAACCAAUUUGAUCCAUCCACUUCAGAACAAGCUAACUCCUUUGGGGUAAAAAGGCCUUGCCCAAAUUAUCCUAUUAAAAAGAGACCUAGAUCCCAAAAGCCUAAGAUGGCCAAAGCAAAGAGAACUUUUAAUGUUCUCACGUUGAGUAACGUUUUUUUCCUUCCCUGAAGCAUGUGUAACCACCCAACAUUAUCUCAUCCUAGCCAUCCACUCAGAUUGUUCCUGUCUUAGGGCAUUUGAGGGACUUUUGUGCUUCCUGUGGAGGAGGGAUUUCAGUGCAGCAACAUCAAAUUCAAGUCAGCUAAGGUUUUCUGAGGUUAUCCUUCAGUUUGGAAUGGCCAAGUCAUUCUUUUCUGUCUUCCUUCUUGCAAAUACACCUGUAUUCUCUUUUGUUUGGGUCUUAGGUACAGAAAACAUUUUGGUCUCAUGGGAACACCCACUCUUGCACGUCUUCCGUGAGCCUCCCCAGAAAACAGCUAAUGAGGACUUUGCUUCCACUUGCGUCUGUGCAUUUGGAUCUGCUUUCUUGUGGCAAAAGUCAUUUGGCUUUGGGAAUUUGAGCUUCAGCCAGAGGAUAUUAGGUUGCUUGGCACAUCCCUCCCACUGAGGUCAAGGAACAGGAUUACUUACUAGUGCAGAAAGCUUUGAAAAGACAAAAUAAUGUGAUUAAUGGAGUUAAUUUUAAUGACUCAUUUUAUUAUCUUAGUGACUGACAAUUUAAUGACUAAUCACGAUCAUAGGAUCGAGUAUUGCUUGCCUCAGUAAAUGGGUCUCUUGAUGGAAGAUGGGAAGGGUUUAAGGAAAACAAGUUGCUUCAUCUUUUCUGGGUGGUUCAGCUGCUCUCAGUAUCCCAGAUUGUUGGCAACAAAUACAAUAUGAUGACUAAAUUAAGUCCCUGCAGUAGAAACUCUUUCUUCUUCUAAGAGGAGCUCAAUUCUUGGUCACUCUCGGGAAGAUCUGUUUCUGCAUUAGGGCCUUAACUGGUGCAUCAUUUAUGUCUUGGUGUUUUCAGAGAGACACAGACAGUAAUUGUGCAAUGGAAAUGAGCACCUAGAAAAAAAUGCCCCAGAAUUUAAUAACAAAUACUGUGUGCGACCCAUACUUACGUUAACACUAAAAUGCUUAGGGUGUAUUUGUCUUAGUUUUCUGGUAGAUAAAGAGACAACAAUGAACUUGUAAGCUGUUUUCUUGACCUGGACUAAGGUCUCUAGGCUAGUAGGGGUUUCUACCACAGAAAUGACUUCAAUGAACGGCACUUUCACUCUCCAUUUAUUAUAGAAUGACCUUUCAAGAUUUAUUACUCUGAAAAUAUCCCAGCUUUCCAGUAUUUGGACACUAUUAAGUCUUUAAUUGUUAAAGAAAAUGUCAUAAUUACCAGACUGAAUGAAAGCUCCUACUUGUGCGAUCGUAGCCUUUUUCUGUGCAGAAGACAUUGGCCUAGUAUCCUGCAAAAGGCUACGCUUGUCUAAACAAAACUGGGGUUGUAACCCAAUUCUCUAUUCACAGGCUUCUAGCGCCCCAUGCCUCCUUAUCUUUUUUCUUAAAUGUUUUAUAGUAGUCACAAGUGAGGAAAUGGUUUCCAUUUCAUUGUCACUUUAAGACUGUUCCUCCCUAAUCCUCACCUUUUUCCCCCCCUUAAUGCAAAGAUUCAAGUGACUUUUGUCCUUCCCUUACUCCCAGUUACGACUAAAUCAUAAGAAGAAAUUUGGCUUGCCUGUUGAGGAACAUUACUUUUCAUUCUGGGCAGGGGGCAGAUAGGAAAUAAUUUUGUUUAUGCUUUAGCAUCUGUUUUUAUUGAGUGCGUAGUUUCUCAGGUACAUUACUAAGAAGCGAGACCUUGAACCUAGAGAGCUGUGUUGUUAUUACUGCAGACCCAGUGUUAGCCAGGCUUCCUUGUAUUGGCAGAUGAACUUUUGUGUCAGAACUGUAUUAGGCUGAAGGAACAAGUACCAUUUUGUUCUCUGAUUUGAUGACAUGAUUCUGAAAUUGGCACAAUGGGUAUCUUUUUUUCAGAAGAAUAGAGCCAAGUAGUUUAAAUCUUGUAGCCCCUAGAUGUUGCUGCUUGUCCCAUCUUCUUUCAGAAAGAAGAUUGGUUUUUCCUUUAAGUUAGACAGGUGGUUAUGCUGGGCUUGGGAGGGCAGCUAUCCCCUCUUGGACUAUCAAGCUUAAGGACUUUGGCAGUUCCCCUAAAUGGCACAAGAGUUAAAGGUGAAUCCAUCAACAGCAACCUCUUGGUACCAUCUCUGCUGCUCCCACAGCGUGGAGAGUACGGCUCUCCAGCCCAGUAGAUCUGGUAAGUUUUCUCAGUAGUAAGUAAAGCAAGGUAUAGUUUUGAUCUCUCUUGGGCUCUCUCUUUACCCACUGUAGUCCACACAGAGGCUCCUAAGAGAUCCAAGAUACAAAUCCUGUUGGUGAUGGCUAGUGUAUUGUUAAUAGAAAGGUUUUCUGUUGCAGUUUAAACAACUCCCUCUUGAUAGCAUAGGCAGGAGAGCACUAUCUAGAUAGCGUAUUUUCUGUCAGACGGCUUUAGAAAAAACAAAGCUGCCUCUCACCCAUCUACCCCUGCAACAAAAACAGGGUAAAAUUAGCUUUGAAAUCUGCUGUCCUUCCUGUUAUAAAACUCGGUAAAUAUUGAACCUGCUCUGUGUCUUCAGAACCCCAGCCAUCACCACUUUGGGCCCUUGAUUUAAGGUGCUAAGAUCACUAGACUCCUUUCCUGAGCGCUUUGCUUCCUCUGAGGGCUGAGCCUUUAGUCGGUCUUUGCCGGCCUUUUUUCCAUUGGGCACCAGGGCUACUCUUGGUGUGGUCUGUCAUGUUGGGCAAAAUGAGACACACCUUGGACAACGUCGCUUAUCCUCUGUGAACGUACCUGCAUUUUAUUCUUCUGUCUCUUAAGGGCAGGACUGACACUGUCACAAGAACUGGCCAGUGUUUCCUCUGCAGACGAGAAUGAGAGUGCAGAAAGCUCGAGCUCUCCUCGCCAUUUUCUAGUGCCUUACACACGUGGGGGAGGUGGCCAGCACAGAAACUCCAUUUCAGUCUGAGUCUCCAUACACCUUCCUCCUCAUAGCCAUGCCUCUUCAUAGCAGAAAGAAAAAAGCUUUCCACAGAGGUGUUUGAAUGAACAUUGUUCUCAGAGCACAAUUCAUGCUUUAACUAAACCCUUGGUCUAUAUAAAAUGCCAUUCUAAUUACUGUAAAGUAUCGUAACCCAUUGCGUUUGUUCAGAGCACUUGAAGCCCUGCUGUGUCUGUCGGGCUUAGAACGUGAUCCUGAAAACAUGAAGCACUUUAGCAAAUUGGAAUCUUUUUGUGGGGCACUAAUGGUGGGCGGCUGUUAGUCACACAGGAUGGGCCCCUGUCCUCCACCAAGGCUGGGUUAGCUGAACAUUGUGCACUGUGUUUAUAUGGAGUUAUAUUUCAAUUAAGAUUUUCUGGUCUGUUCACAUAUCAUAAUGUUUCUUUAUGAAUAAACAGGCAUUUAAUUAGCUCUA